AUGGACAAACCAUACUCUCGCGACUAUGAGCCUGUUUCCAGACUGGAUUCCGACGGCGACAACGAUGCCCCAGUACUAAGCCGACCUCAACGUCCCUUCCAGUCCUUUCUCAAACGUAACCUCGCCGCAAUCACCAUAACCGGACUCCUCCUAGUUCUGAUUCUGAUGGUGCUCGCCAUCAUCGCAGCAAUCACAGUCGACCCAUUCCGCGUCCUCGUCUUGAACGGCUCAUCCGCCGACCCAGCCGACCUAAACGGAAAACGCCAGUGUCUGCCGACAACAACCCGCACAACCUACACCUGCGGCAACUCAACCGCAGAAGCCAAAGCCCUUGGCUGCGACUAUGAUCCUCUUGCCGGGUGCUGGCUGCACGAGAAGUGUCCGCGUGACUUUACACACGAGUUUGCGCACUUCAAUGAUGGAAAGCCCUUUGUGUAUUACUAUGACGAAGCGGCUACCCGCCAAAUGAAAGACUAUGAUGAAGUCGGUCGGAAUCCUGAUUUCUACUGGACUUCGAUCCGGGAGCAUCUGGUUCAUUGUCUCUACUUGCUUCGGCGAGGUCAUGAUGUCCACAUGCGGGGCGAUCGUCUGGAUACUAUGCUUGGGGAUCUGGAGCAUGUCGAUCAUUGCACGGAUAUGCUGGCGAAUUGGCUGCGGAGACCUGAUCCUGUAGCUGACAGUAUUGGUACGCAGGGACAGACUCAUUGCUUCAUGUCUUGUAGUUAG